AAGCAGCAAAGCAUUGAGCACUGAGCAAGAAAAAAGAUGAAGACGGAGAAACCAUGCUAACCACAAUGUUAAUGUGACCAAUAACAUAUUCCUGAAUAGUCCUAAGUCGGUCUUCUGUUUGUUCAAAUCGACUGCAUUUUUCUCCCUAUUCAUUUAAAGCUGAUGGAUGCUUCGUGUGAUUCUUCACAGGUACUCACACCAACUCGAACAAGAUGACUCUUGACAUCAAUGGUAGUUACAUGCAUGCGGAGAACACAAAUUUGACACUAGAAGAGUUUCUGGAGAAAUAUAUGGGACCCCGUCGCUCACCCAUGUUGCUCCCCAUCUUCAUCAAUUACCUGAUCAUAUUUUUAGUUGGCGUCUUUGGCAACGUGCUGACUUGCACAGUCAUCGCCCGCAACAAGGUGAUGUGGACGCCAACAAACUACUACUUGUUCAGCCUUUCCGUGUCAGACCUGCUUGUGCUCCUUCUGGGCAUGCCACUGGAGCUGUACGAGCUGUGGCAGAACUACCCUUUCCUCUUUGGGAAGGGAGGCUGCUACUUUAAGAUUUUCCUAUUUGAGACGGUCUGCUUGGCAUCCAUCCUCAAUGUGACAGCACUGAGCGUGGAGCGCUACAUCGCCGUUGUGCAUCCGCUACGGGCCAAAUACGUAGUGACGCGCACCCAUGCCAGGCGGGUCAUCCUCACGGUGUGGGGUAUAUCAGUGUUGUGUGCUCUUCCCAACACAAGUCUGCAUGGGAUUUCCUUCCUGACGAGUAACUCCACCAGUCCUGACGGGCCACACAAAGUGAAGAUCUCAGAUUCAGCCAUGUGUACCCUGGUGAAGCCUCAGUGGAUAUAUAACCUGAUCAUCCAAGUGACGACCUUGUUAUUUUUUUUCUUGCCCAUGCUCACCAUUAGUGUUUUAUACACGCUUAUUGGGCUGCAGCUCAAACAGGAGAGGAUGCACCAAACGAUGGAAGCAAAGUCAGGCACUGGUCAGGACAGCUUCUGCAGCGUCCGCACUCAACAACAAAAGGCCAGACGACGGCAGGUCACCAAAAUGUUAUUUGUUUUAGUGGUGGUUUUUGGGAUCUGCUGGGCUCCGUUCCACACUGACCGCCUCGUAUGGAGUUUCAUCACCGAGUGGACCGACAGCCGUCAGCAAAUCUUCGAGUAUGUGCACAUCCUCUCUGGAGUGUUCUUCUACCUCAGCUCAGCGGUCAACCCAAUCUUGUACAACCUUAUGUCCACCCGCUUUCGAGAAAUGUUCAAAGAUGCCAUGUGCCAUCGGCCGCACAACGCCAUCCCUCGAAAUUAUUCCUCAAGUGUCACUCGAGUGACGCUCCGCAGUACCCUGAAUGAAGUGCCGCUCAGCAGUGGAGCGAAUGCAGCGAAAGGAAAGGCAGAGGAUGGAGAGCAGGUGGUGAAAAAAGAUGCCACUUUCACAUGUUAAGCUUUGUGAUUUUGAACAGACAAAGGUCAAUACGCGAGGACAGAUUGUGAAGGAAGAUUCUACUUAAUUUACUGUGGUUAUGCUUGUUCUGUUCUUGUACUUAUUGUGUUAGAGUGUUUAUUUUAAGGAGCAUUUGUAUUUGUCAUUGAUUUGUCAGACAUUCACAAACACAGUAGAGUGGAGCCCCAAUAUACCGUUAGGCCUUUUAAAAUGAAGCUAAAUAUCUUGUUUUUGUGCUAUUGUGUCUGUAACUUUGAUUCUCUCCUCUUUCAUCUCAAACUGCUUCAAACAACAAAGCAUGUGACGGAAAAGCGGUUAGGACUGCACGACUGUCCGUGUUUUAUGUUAUGUGUUGUGUUUAUUAUUUUAC